AAGCCCAUAGAACCACAUCACUAAGGAUCCCCUCUAUAGGAUUCAAAAUUCUGGUCUGCUGUAGUUGACGUGUAUCCAUGUCUUAAACAAAGACGCACGCAAUAUAAAACUUUCCCCUGUGCUUCAUAUAAUUUCCACACAAAUUGACGGGAAAUUUCAAUCAUGGCGACAUACACAAGGGUUUUACUGUUAAUGAUGGUAACAUUGAUAAUAGCAGGGGAGAUCCAGAUUAGCUUAGCACAGAAUUGUGGAUGUUCCAAAGGGCUGUGCUGCAGCAGGUGGGGUUUCUGUGGAACUACUCAACUUCAUUGCGGAGAAGGUUGUCAAGAGGGUCCAUGUACCCUUAAUACUACGGCCUCGCCUGCCUCCUUUAGAUCCAUUCAUUCUGUAAUCAGCAAGGCCAUUUUUAACCGUAUUACCUCAGGGAUUUCAUCUGGAUCUAUUGAAUCUAUAAUCAACCAAAUCUUCUUCAACCAUAUUAUCUCAGGGAUUUCGGCUGGAUCCAUUGAAUCUAUCAUCUCCCAGACCUUCUUUAACGAUAUUAAAUCAGGGGUUUCGGCUUCUUGUGAGGGAUACUACUUCUACACUUACAAUGGGUUUAUCGACGCUGCAAAAGCCAAAAAUUUCGCAGGUUUUGGCAACACCGGAAGUCUUGAUGUUCGCAAGAGAGAGCUUGCUGCUUUCUUUGCCAAUGUCGCCCAUGAGACCGGGAGUCUGUGCUAUGUGGAAGAAAUUGCAAAAGCAACCUACUGCGAACCUUCCACACGAUGGCUCUGUGCGAGUGGAAAGCAAUACUACGGACGGGGCCCUCUUCAGCUGACCUGGAACUACAACUAUGGAGCAGCUGGAGAAUAUGUAGGACUUCCUCUACUGAAUAACCCAGAUUUGGUGGCACAAAAACCAGACAUCGCCUUCAAAACAUCAAUUUGGUUUUGGAUGAUAAACAGCAACUGUCAUAAGGCCAUGACCUCCCCUGAUGGAAAAGGAUUUUCAGGAACAAUUAGAGCCAUCAACGGUGGAGAAUGUGGGGGAGGGAGUCCAUCAGCGGUGCAAAAUAGGGUGAAUUUGUAUAAGAAAUUCUGUGGAUUGCUAGAUGUUACGACUGGUCCCAAUCUCUCCUGUUAAUUUUCUUUACAUCUCACGAAUGAAGCAAGCAUGUAUACUCAAGUGGCCGUUGGUUCACUGAUGAAAAUGCUUGGCCAAUAAAAAGGCUAAAGCUUGUAGAUACAAUUCAAACACCAAUGAACUCCUCCCAUGUAACAAUUCUGUAACAAGAAACAUUAGGUAAUCAUAAACAUAACGAAUUGUCUCA